AUCAGCAAAUGUUAUUAUGAAUUAUUUUACAGAUAUUCCAAAACAUUAUUUUUUUUUCUCUCUAAAAUAUGAUAAUACACACUACUUUAACAACAGCCAUAUGUAAGGUAAUCCGGAAAAAAUAAUCACAGUUAUUUUGGCCCUAACUUAGGCGUACCUGAAAAUGAAGGGUCUCUGAAACGUUUAGAUUGGUCGCUUUCUAACACAAAGGAUACAAUCGACUUUGAGGAAGUUUAAAUAGUCUGCGUGUUUGUGAUUUGGUUCAGAUGUUGAAAUGGAAGUUUAUAAACAAGAGCUAAGGGAUGUGACCAGGGAAUUAGCUCAGAUCGAAGAGGAGAUUGAGAACCUCUUAAACCGACAGUCAUCACUACUUCAUAGGAAAGAUGAGAUUAACUCCAUACUUCAACAAAACACCAUCACCCAACAGGCUGACACCAAAUGGGAUUCUACAGACUUUUCAUGGAACAAGGAACUGCAGGAAAAGAUGAAAAGUAUCUUCAAAAUCACAUGCUUGCGUCCUAUGCAGCUGCAUACAAUGAAUGUGACUAUGUCUGGAAAGGAUGCAAUGCUGAUUAUGCCGACUGGUGGUGGCAAGAGUCUGUGUUUCCAGUUACCUGCCCUUUUAUCCAAAGGUGUGACACUAGUUGUCUCCCCUUUGGUGUCGCUGAUGGAGGACCAGGUGAUGGCACUAGAAGCUCUAGGUGUAGAUGCCAGUAUGUUAAAUGCCUCUGUAGAUAAAAGCAAAGCAACAGCGAUACAGAAUUCAAUGGUGGACAAAAAUGCCUCGCUCAAGUUACUGUAUGUCACUCCAGAAAAACUUGCUAAGAGUAAGCGCUUCAUGAACAAACUUGAGAAGAUGUAUCAGAUGGGUCGUUUCUCUCGACUUGUCAUAGAUGAAGUUCAUUGUUGUUCGCAGUGGGGACAUGAUUUUCGACCAGACUACAAGUUUCUGGGAAUCAUGAAAAGACAGUUUCCGGAGGUUCCUAUCCUUGGUCUCACAGCCACUGCCACAACCAAAGUUCUGGAGGACGUAAAGAAAAUACUCAGCAUUCCUCACUGCCUUGUGUUCAAAGCCUCCUUCAACAGACCCAACCUGUAUUAUGAGAUCCGGCCAAAACCCUCAGGAAGUAAAGACGCUAUGGAUGAGAUCCAAAAACUAAUCAAGAAGAAAUUUGACGGCAUGUCAGGUAUUAUAUACUGUUUCUCAAGAAAAGAGGCAGGAGAUGUUGCUAUAGCACUACAGGAGCGAGGAAUAAAGACGGGUAGCUACCAUUCAGACAUGAGUGCUCUCCAGCGCAGCAAAGUACAUAAAAUGUGGCUUUCUAACAAAAUACAGGUUGUGGUGGCCACAGUGGCCUUUGGGAUGGGGAUAGACAAACCAGACGUGAGGUUUGUGAUCCACCACUCGCUUAGUAAAUCCAUGGAGAAUCUGUACCAGGAGAGCGGACGCGCGGGGCGUGAUGACAAAGUCGCCCACUGCAUCAUCUUCUACAGGUUUGCAGAUGUCUUUAGACAGAGCACCAUGGUCUUCACAGAGCAGACCGGACUAGACAACCUGUAUGGCAUAGUGUCUUACUGUACAGACAUAUCACGCUGCAGAAGGAGCAUCAUAGCCCGACACUUUGGGGAGGUCUGGGACAGGUCACAGUGCAAUAACAUGUGUGACCAUUGUGACCACACAUAUGGCGUAACUCCAGAGAAAAGAGACGUUACCAAGAUCUGUCAGAACGUUCUUACCCUACUGGAUCAUGCAGCCCAGACACAGCAAAGAGUGACGGCAGCCAAACUGCUGGACGCCUGGGAGAAGAAGGGCCCUACCUCCUUAAGGGUGAGGAAUGUCCCUGAACCCAACAUCUCGAGGGACAAACUGGAGAGGAUCCUGGCUCACAUGUUACUUAAUAGCUACGUUAAGGAGGACUACCACUUUACUGCUUACUCAACCAUCAGUUACAUUGUUGCGGGCCCAAAGAGCAGAUUACUGGAAAGUGGGAGUGUCAAAAUUGGCAUGGAAUUCCCAGGAAAGAAGAAAGUCGCCGUCAAUGGGGAUUGUUCAGACUCAAAAUCAUCGAGUGCAAAAAAGAUAGAUUCCACCUCGGGGAAAUCAAGCACCACCCCCUCAAAAUCAUCAGGAAUUAAAAAGACAGUUUCCUCUCCAGUUAAACAAAGGUCAUCCGCCAACCAGGACAAACCCAAACUUGUUGUCAUCAACAGACAGAACUCUCACUUUACCUCAUUAUCGGGAGAACCAAAUGACACUUCCAAGGGUGGGUCCUCCAAGCAGGCAGGUCCAUGUAGUCAUGAUACAGAUUCUGAUGAGGACUCAAUGAUCGUUGACCGCGUGAGGUCAACAGUUGCUACUGAAGGGUCGCAAUCUCAGUGUGGUUCCGGAAAAAGUAUGUCGUCUCGUAAACUUUCUCUAGGUGCUAAUAAAGGGUCACAAUCUCAGUGUGGUUCCAGCAAAAGUUCCUUAUCUAGUAAACUUUCUCAAAGUAAAAAGAGGAAGAAGUUUGUCCUGAGUGACACAGACAGUGAUGACCUUGACUUCUGUCAGGAGGAGACAAAAAAGAAGCCAGCGGUCAAGAGGAAGAUGUCCAAGACACUACAGGACAGGAAACACCUGGGAAUCUCACCUGAUCGGAAUUCUAAUGGAGAAGCUAUAUGUAUAGACAGCAGUGACAGUGAUGAAAUCUAGCCUGACAGUUUUAAAUCAGUUCUGGCAGCUAUGAGAAAUGAAACCUAGCCCGAUAUUAAAAUGAUCACUUUAUAUGUUCUUCUGUUUUAUCAGCUCAUUAUUUGGCAUUAGCUUAUGUGGCGCUAUGUGUGUCAUCAACUUUUCAACUUAAAUGCUACUUAUCCCAGGUGGCUGAGCACAUUUUGACUAAAUAUGGUCUGGAGCAUUGUUCAGCCAAGGGGAUUCAACAUUAAAAAAACACCUAGGGUGUGUUCCUUUCAGAAGAGAAUGGGGGUAGAGGUAAGUGGAUUGAUGAUAUUUGUUAUGAAGAUUAAUAUUUUAAAUACCUACUUCUCCAGUACAGGUAAAUGGAGCCUUGGGCUAAGAGGUAUCAACAUUGUAUAAAUGGAGGGUGUGGCCCACUUCUAGGUAUCCCCCUCUACUCUUUCCCUUCAAACUUUGCCCCUCCUACUCAUUUUUGUUAUCUUAUAUUGUCUGCUGAAAGGCUGUAAAAGUGGAUGUAAAACCAUCAAAAUAAAAAAUAAAAUCACUUCUUUUCCUUUAGUAUAAGUAAAGAUACUUCAACCACAUACUCAGU